UUCAUCAUCAAAUAAGUGACAGCAUUUUUUUCAAAAUCCCUUCGUUAGAAUAGCAUAUGAUAUCAAAGGAGCUCCUAGUUUCAGGCUUAUAGCCAUGAGAGGAUAUUCAAAACUUUUAUAUUGGUGUUACUUCUAUUUAUUCAUUUUUUCUUUUCAUUUAGAAAAUAUUUGGGUAAAUUAUAAAUUCACCCCUUGUGGUUAUGGAAAAUGCAUCCUGCCCCUUGAGGUUUUAAACCACAUUACAAUUUUCUGCUUCAUAAAGACUUAGGUCAACUCACAAAAUUGGAUGAUGUCAACAAAUUUUUUUUUUUUGAAAAUAUCUAUUUUACCCAUAGCUCCUAUCGCCCUGUCUUUUUCCUAUUCUCUGCGUUUCUUAGCCACAUCCCCCUAGAUAAUCCAAUGACUUUUUUUAUAUAAUUUUAAAUUUAUACACUCACUUAUACAUUUUUAUACAACUCUGCCAAUGAUUGAAAAUUGCAAAUGCAAUGUAUAGCCCCCACCACCAUUGUCCCAUCUCUUGGCUUAUGUUUACUUCUAUGUUGACAAGUUGUUUGUUAUGGCAAUUGGUUAGUUUUAUAUACUCCUUAUAUUCUUAGAAGCCAGGUGGAAUAUUUGCAGUGGUCUCUCAGAUUCUUCCAUGUGCCCUGCUUGGAUCUGCGCAUGCAGAUCUUGUCACCUCAUCCGAGCUGGACCUUGUUCAAUUGCUGCUAAUUUUACCUCCCAUAGAGAUGUGCAUGGAGCAACUGCUAGUGUUGGUUUGCGGUUCACGUGAUUGCUGCAUGGCUUCUUUGUUUCCAGACUUAAAUGGAUUUUUGUUUGUUUGUUUGAGUCAAUCAAACCUAUGUUUUGGAUCAAAGGUUAGCAGAUUUUUUUAUAAAAUAUUUGGGAGAAAAACAAAAUAAAUGUUGUGCAGGGGAAAAUGUUGCAAAAACCUCCAAGGAUAGAUCUGGAGUGAAUGAAACGAAUGCAUCCUUAACGUUGAAGAAAGAAUAAGGUCUCCUUGAUAUUUUUUACUGGUGUCAUAUGCAUGCAUGUAAAGUUACUGCAAUCCUUAUUUUCCUGGUAUUUUGUUUUUAAUCUAAUGAUGCUGGUGGUUUUGUCAGAAAUAAUUAAGUUGACUGGCCUUGGGACCUCGUAGCUUUUUGCUUUGGAAACUAUCAUGAGGUUUGUUGCUCUCACUCUGGAUAUAUCAGUCUUAGUUCAUUUGGUUGAGAUAGUCUGAAUUUUAUGGACACAGUUUAACUUGGGAUUGGAAUGCAAUGGACUGUUAGGCCUGAGAUAAAUAGUCACUGGAAUAUUUGACUAGAAAUGAUAUGUAUUUGACUAUUAGUCCGACUCUCAUUUUUCUAACCAAACGAUGGACUGGUAAAUCUAUUGGAUAUAGAGUCCAAUCCCAUGCCUUAGUCCAAUGAAGCAAACACCUGUUAUAAUUUUAUUGUUCGGUUUGUGGUCCUGAGUUGAGUAAUUAUCAUACUCUGAUGAGCCCUGCUCGAUUUAUUCACCAUAUUUCAGACAUCUUAAUACACAACCUUCUACUAUUUUGAUGUUUCUUGAGCUAAGGUAUGAUUUUUGAUCAACUUUUUUUUGGCUUACAUAUGUUUUUAUAUUCCUAUUUUGAUGGCACUUAAACUAAAUGAAGGAGAUGAAGUAGAAAUUGAGCCCGAUCCUGCAACAUGGACAGCCUUAGAGGAGGAACUUUAUAUUCAGUUAAUGGUGAAAGAGGUUCACAAAAGGAAUAGAUCAUCAACCACCUUUUUAAGGAAAGGUUGGAAACAAAUUGAACAAGAGUUCUGUGAGAAAACCAACAAGAGGUACAACAAUUCUCAGUUUAGAAAUAAGUUUAACCAGUUGAGAACCCGUUUUAAUGAUUUUAGUAAGUUGUUGAAGGAACCUGGGUUUACUUGGGAGCCCAUGCUCAGUACUGUACCUGCAACUGAUGCUGUUUGGGAAUCAUACAUAAAGGGAAACAAAAAUGUGAAGAGAUUUCGGAAAAAAGGGUGCCCAAUGUUUAAUGAGUUAGGAAUCAUAUUUGGGGACCCAACAUCAAGUUACAAAGAUGUAUUUCCAUUAGCUCAGUAUCCAAUGGUCAGUGAAUAUAAAUUGAAUGUAGAAGAUGGGUCAACAAAUGCUAUGCCAUCCGCUUUCCCAUGUGACAGUAGCAAUGGUAGAGAUUUUCCCUCGCAAAGUACUAGACGCCAUCGCCAACGAUCUUCCACUCCUACGAGCCAUCUUAGAGGGAAGAGGGAGGCAAGAACAGCAGUGGAGGGUGAGGCAUUGAAGGAAUGGACAGAAACUACUGUUCCCUCGGGGAUGUCUGAUAGAAAAUGGGCUGAAACUAGUAAGGUAAUGGCCCCAACUUUCCAUAAACUUGAGAUAUCUUCCCAAGCUAGUCCAUUCUCAAUUACCAAUUGUGUCAAGUGUCUAGAAGCGAUUGAAGGAGUGGAUUCAAGUACCUACAUAAAGGCAAUCAAGAUGUUUAAGGAUUUGGAUUGGAAGGAGAUGUUUAUGGCAAUGUCUCCCGAAAAAAGAUUGGUUUGGUUGGCUAGCUUAGAGUAGUUUUGCUUGCUAUGAUUUUAGGUUUCUUAAUCUAUGGAACAUGUUGAGAUAUUUCAACAUUAAUAUGCAUUCAGUACCAACAUGUACACUUUUACCUUUUUGUGUGGCACGUAAUUCUUACUGAUGGGACGGGUUAAGAUGUUGGAGCAAUAAAAGGUGUAGGAGUAACCUAAUCUCAAUUCGAACAGAAUGUAAAGUGCUUAUUAUUUAAAAAAUGCCGUUAUUGAUCAAUGUACAAAACUGCCAUCUUGAUUUCAUUGUAAACUUGUGGUUAACUUGUGUGUUGUACUGAUCAAAGAAUGUAAGAGAUCUAUUUGAUUGUUA